AUGUCCAUUAAAGACAUUUAAAAACUAUAAUCUCUAUUUCAAAUUAAUAACACCGUUGUUUAAGAGUAUUUAGGAAUCAGAUUCAUAAAUUAAACUCUAAUUGAUUAAGUAUUGCCAACAUGAUUACAUAUGUAGUUAGUGAAUAGUGAUAGUGCUAGUGAAAUUUACAAAAUCAAAAAAAAUGAAGGCUGCAAAGAUUGGGAUAAAUUGAAACAUAAACUAUUAGCCUAUUUUGUAGCAUCUCAAAUGACUUUUGACAAACCUAUUCACAAAUACAUUUAAUAGGCAUAUGAAGACUUUCUUAUUCAAUAUCAUAUUUUUUAUGAAGGUUUAAUCGAAUUUCAAACUUGUACUAUGCUAAAUCAAUACCUUAUUAUUAAGCAAAAAUUACAAAGAAAUGAUUAGAAUCUCAAAUCAGAAUUUCGGAAAUUAGUUAAUAUGUUAAUAUGGAAGACCAAUCAAUUGCAUUUUCUCAUUAGAAUUAUAAUCGGUUAUAUUGGCUAUGUCAAAAUUAGUAAGUAAAUUGGUAAUGUUGAAAAAGUCUUUGAAUAAAUUUCUAAGUUAAUUGAAAAAUCUCUAAAAAAUGGUGCUAAUUAUCAUCAUUUUUUAUUCAAAAUGGAUAUUGAAUUAUUCUCAUCUUAUUGGAAUAAAAUUAUUAGAAUUAGUAAUAAUGAAACUAAUGCUAUUAUUCUAGUUCAAUUAUUAUAGUAAUCUCAAUUCUAUUUUAAUGAUUAUAAGUAUUAGAGUGAUAUCAUUACAACACUCAAAGAAUUAUAAAAAUCUAAACUUUCCUUCAACUCCAAUUCUUAAUUAUAUGAAGAUGUUUAAUCAAAGAAUAAACAGAAAAAACCUAUACUCUAAAUUAAUAAUUUGAUGCCUGAAGAAUUUCCCAAAGAUUCUACAAAAUCUAAAAAUCGAUUUUUAGAUUUAGGCAAAAUACUUAAGACAGAAUAAACUUAAACAUCAGCUACAAGUAAAAGAAUAAUUAAGACUUCUGCCUCUAAACUUCUUAAUUCUUAAUAUAAUCAUAUUGAAGAAGAUCCAAUAUUCUAAAUUUAAAUAGAAAAUUAUCACAUUAAUAAAAUAGUAAGAAAAGGUUGUUUUAAAAUAUAAAAACCAGUUACCUUAUCUACUUGCACUUGUAUUUAUAUAUAUUAUAAUAUAAUAGAGAGAUAUAAAACUUAACCUUCUGCUUAAGAGGAAUUACCUAUACUUACAUUCUAAGACUUUGAACAUGAUCAUCAAGAUUCCAUUCUUGAAUUACCUUCACCUGUUAAACCAGCAACUGAAUCAGAUCAUAAAGUGUCUGGUAAGGAUCAUAGUAUUUGUCAUUCUUAAUCAUCUUAAGGAAAAAUAGAUAAAUUAAAUAAUCUUAGUAAUCCUUAUAAAUUGAAGAAUUUAAUUAGUUCUAGAUUUUAACAAAUUUUAGAUAUAGCUUAACUUAGUGCUUCAUCAACUCCAAAAAAUGCAGAUCUAGCCAAAUCUAUCAAAAGAUAAAAAACUAUUUCAAUUAAAAAAGAACACAAAGAACUUUAAACUUAGCCAUAAUAAUUUUCAAUUCCUCUUAUAUAAUAAAUACCUAUAUAAAAAGAAGCUGAUCAAUAGACUUCAGAAAGAAGAAGAAGUGGAAUGGUUGUAAGUUCACCUGAUGCAGUUUCAUAAAUUAGUUUAGCUAUUUAAAAAUCUAGUUAAGUAGAGAUACAACCACCUAAAUCAUAGAUUAUAAUUUCUUUACCAUAAUAAAUCUAAUAGCAAUUACAAUAAAAUACAUAAUAACCUAUAUAACUUAAUCCUAAACGACCAUAAAGAAGGAACAUUUUAACAUUAAGGACUGCAACAACCUUUUUUAUGGAAUAAUCUAAUGCUUACAUUCCAAAAUUUUAAUUCUCUUUGUGUUAUCAUAGUAGAACUAUUUAAUGGUAAUGUGGCUUAUAAAUGACAUCAUCAGAUAACAUUCUUAUUGGAUUUUAAGAUAUAACUAAUAAUUAAAUUGUGUACAGGGCUUAACUUUAGAAUUUAUAAAUUGAAAGUACUAAAAAUUGGGCUCAAAUCAUUGAAGUUUUCAUUAAUGAAUAUCAAUUAUAAACAUCUCAAUGCUUACCCUAUUUACGCUAUAAUUCAGUAAUGAGCAAUAGGAAGAUAGAUAACUACAAUUUUAUCUAGUUUCCAAACUAUCAGUUUGAAUUGACAAAAAAUGAGAUAGAAUAAAUGGGAAUUUUAAAGGAUUUGUUUAGAUGGAUGUAUACUACUUAUUUAUUUGAAUAAAUCAAUAUUACUGGCAUUAGAUUAAAAUUAUAUACAUUAGAAAAAGACAAAACUUUGAAUGCUUAUAGAGAAUUAAUUAAUGUUGUUAAUCUCUAUAGAAGAAUGAUAAUAUAAUCAACUCUCUGUGAUGAGAAAGAGAAAUUCCAUCUAUUGAUUCGCAGCUUUGGAGGUAUUUCUCUGUAAUAAAUUUUUAUAGAAUGUAUUAAAAAUAAUAUUAUUCUUUUGAAUAGGAUUUUAAAUUUUAAGGUGAACAAAUAAAAAGAUUAAUAAUAUAUGAUUCAUAAGUAAUUAGUAAACUUUAGACAUUUAAGUAUAACAAAUGAUGAAGAAAAUAUAUUUUUUAUAAUUAAAGUCAGUAUUAUAUUUUAGAAAGAAAAGUAUAAAUAAAUAUAUUAUGAUUUAGCAUUUUGUAUUAUAAAAAAAAUGAUUACCAUACAAAAUAUUAAGUAGAUGUAUUAUUUGAAGCAAUUGAUAGUCCAGUAAAAAUUAAAUCUCUUAGAUUAUAAUUUGAUGCUAUUGAAAAAAUCUUAGAAAAAAGAUAUCACAAUAAUUUAAAAUAGAUAAUAAAUUAAAUAUUUUUUUCUUAAAGAAAAAGUUUGAAUAUGUUUUAUGAAUUUAUAGAUCAAAAAUUGAUGAUAAACGAAUAAAAGUAACUUUAAGUUAGAAUGAAUAUAUUUUCUUUGCAUGAUGCUUAAAAAAUGGAAGCUUGUGGAAUGAAAUUAGGAUUUCUCAUAGAUUUGUAAACAAAGGUAAAACCAUUUGCAAUUACUGAAAUAGAACGAUACAUAUAUGAUGAUACCUAAAAAAAAUUGGAUUAUAAAUCUAAAUCCUAAACUAUUCAUAAUAGAGAGCAUAUGUUCGAUAAACAUUUUGCUUAAAUAUUUGGAGAAGACGUGGCCAAUAAUGAGUAAUAACAUUUUCAUCAAACUACUUUAAUUGAUUUAGUAAAACGAUACCAACCAAAUAUUAAUACAGAAGCAAAAUAGGAAAUAAUUACUAAAAAAGUUGGUCCGAUAGUAAUUUACCAAGAAAAUCCUUUUACUGAUGUGCACAAUGAUGAUUUAGAAAAAUUGUAGUCUUAAUUUUUUUGCAGAUAAAACUUAUAACUUAAUAAAAUCCUAAAGUAUAGAAUCAAACUAAAACAUCUUGCAAUAAAAAUAUCUAUUUUAAAAAAAUAAAUUAUUUUAAUAUAUCAUCAUAACUAAAGAUUUCAAAGAUUUUAAAUAACUCCUACUGAUGAAGAAGACAAUUUAUUUUAGAAUAUACUAUAACUAAUAUAAAAUGGUCCUAAUUGUUGGAUUAUUUAAAUGCUUUAUAAAAAAAUAAGCUAGAGAGUUUUAAAAUAAUCAUUUAUUAGUUCUUAGUUGUAUGAUGGAUUAGAACUUUUAAAAUAUAAGAAAUCUAAAAGCUAAUUAGCAGAGAUACCUUCAUAUAAUGUAUUACAUUAUUAUAUCUUAAACAAUUAUAUGGUUUUGUUAAAAUAUUUUACUUUGAAACAGUUUAUAAUAGUAUAAAAGAUUAAAAACUAUGGAAAAUACUAAAUAACAAUUAAGGUGUUUUUUAGAUGCUAAAAACCAGAUAUUUUAAUUGAAAAUGAUUAUUUUUUAAUGAGGAUAGAUUUUUAAAAUAUAAUGUUAAAAACUGGAAUGAUGAAAAUGAUAUUUAAUAAAUAUGACAUCACUGAAAUGUUGAAAAUAGACAUACCAUAAAUUAUGACAGAUGCAAAUAUAGUUUAAACUGCAAUGAAUAUAUUUUAAAAAUGUCAUUUAGGAACAUUUACAUUAAGUUAAGUUCCAUUUUUUUCAAUAAAUCCAGAUGAUUUAAAAUAAAAUGAAAGUUAAAUAAUGCAAAAUUCAUAUGAAGAUCACUCAAUUAAAAUUAAUGUUCAAUAAAUAAGAAGAAUUGGUAAUUUCCCUGAAAACACAACUUUCAAAAAGUCAGAUCUCUGUAAAGGAUUUUUAGAGCAUUAUAUAAAAAAUAGUAGAUUAAUUGUUAGUCAUAUAAAAAAAUGUUACUUAAUACAUUCAAUAUCAACAGGAUAAUUGAUAAAAAUAUCAAAUAAUAAAAUUACUUAAUUAUUAAAUGACUAACAUCAAUUAAGUGAUUAUGUUAUAAUUUAAAUAUAUAAACAUUUAUUGCUAGAAAUAUGGAUUGUUAAAGUUUAUGUUCCAAAAACAACUAGAUAAAUGGUAGGUUUGUUAAGAUCAGAAGAUUUCAAAGAGAAUGAUAGUAAAGAUUUAAUGGACAGCAUCAUAAUAUAUAAAAAAUAAGCAAUAUUAAGUUUUAAAGAUUUAGAUUCCUUUACAGAUUUUACCCCUAGAUAGAGUGUGAAUUUUUAAAAAUCAAAUCAACGAUUGAGUCAAUAUAAAAUAUCUCAAUUACAUUCACCAGCAGGUUCAAGUAUUCAAGCACAAAAUCAAAUGGGAUAAUCUUAAGUUACUGCUUAUUAUUUAUAUGAUUUUUUCUCUCUUACUAAAUUAGUCACUGAUUUCACUGAGUACCAUUUGGAUAAUGGAAAUAAAGAAUAAUAUAUUAUAAAGGAGAAAUUAAUUUGGAUUAACAUUAUAAAUAAUAAUUUCUCAUUAGAAUAACAUCCCAAAUAAUAAAAUUGUUUUUUGUCUCUAUUAUUUGAUUAGAAGGAAAUCAAUCUUUAAGAACUACUAUUCUAACGUUAUAUUAGAAUAGAAAGAGUAGGAGAAUCCCACAUUGAAUUUUAUAUGAAGUAUUCUUAAAAAACUGAUUAAUUAAAGGGUAUUGCACUUUUAAAAGGAAAAAUAAAUCAAUUAAAUUUGCAUAAUAACAAAUUUCCUAGUAUAAUUAGUGAAGCUAAAUUCAAUGAAGAGUAGAUUAAAUUUAUGAAACGAACUUGCAUUUUCUUUCCUUUCGAUGCCAUAAACUAUGCUAAUACAUCAAAUUUUAAUAUUGAAUUAAAGUAUUUCUCAUACAAUAAAUUUACUGAAGUUAAAGAACAAAUAAAUCUAAGAGAACUGCUAAAUUUAUAUAUAGCUGAUGGUUUUUAUAAAUAUUAAACUAAUUAUAUGAAUUCAAAACUAAAUCAUUCAGAUAUUAUAAGUAUAUGUUAUUAUAUGAUUCAUAAAAUUAAGACAUAAAACUUUUUGAAUUUAAGCCAAUACCAUACAAUACCUAAUUUAAACUAAUUAAAAACCUAGAAAUAAACUAAUAAAAUAUAAACUCCAAUUAGAUUUUAAAUAAAAAUCUUUAAGAAACCAUAAAUUUACAUAAUAUCUUUAUUAUACAAUGAAGUAUAGGUGAUAUGUACAAAUUGGAAAACUUGUUAACAAAUAAAUGAUGUAUUUUCAUUUAGUUACUUAAAUGAACAUAUAAUGCAUUUCAAACAUUUAGUUGAUAAUGAACCUAAAAUAGCAUUAUAAAGAGUAGCAAAAAUAAUUGAUAAAUUAAUGAAUAUUAUAUUAAUAAAAUGA